AUGGAGGCCCUCUGCGAAUACAGCUACUGCCCGCUAGCAGCUAGCAUGAAAGAAGCCGGGGCAGAAGAAUUCCUGGAUUCCUUCCCCAGCCUACUAGGAGAAAGGCUGCUGUUGAGCAACGGCACCAAUGAGUCCCUGCAGGAGCUUUGGAGGAGCCUCUUCAACCUGGAGAGAUCCGACGGGCUGCAGGGGAGCAGCUCGGUGGUCCUGCGGAUCUUCAUCUCCAUCAUCUACUCGGUGGUGUGUGCCCUCGGCCUGGUGGGCAACGUGCUGGUGCUCUACCUGAUGAAGAGCAAGUGGAGGAAGUCCUCCAUCAACCUCUUCGUGACCUGCUUGGCGGUGACCGACUUCCAGUUUGUGCUGACGCUGCCCUUCUGGGCGGUGGAGAACGCUCUGGAUUUCACCUGGCUCUUCGGCAAAGCCAUGUGCAAGACCCUCUCCUACCUGACGGCCAUGAACAUGUAUGCCAGCGUCUUCUUCCUCACCGCCAUGAGCAUCGCCCGCUACCACGCCGUGGCCUCAGCCCUGAAAACCCAGCGGCAAGGAGGGCUCUUGGUGGGCUGCUCUUCGGCCAAGUGGCUGUGUGUCCUCAUAUGGAUCUUGGCCAUUCUGGCUUCUCUGCCCAACGGCAUCUUCUCCACCACUUCCACCUUCUUCAGCGAAGAGUUCUGCCUGGUCAGGAUCCCCGACAGCCAAGGCAACAACACCCAGUUCUGGCUGGGGCUGUACCACGCCCAGAAGGUGCUGCUGGGCUUUGUCUUGCCAUUGAGCACCAUCACCCUUUGCUACCUCUUGCUGGUGCGCUUCAUCAGCGACCGGCACGUGGGCGCCGGCUCCUGCGGCCCCAGCACCAAGCGCCGCUCCAAGGUGACCAAAUCGGUGACCAUCGUGGUGCUCUCCUUCUUCCUCUGCUGGCUGCCCAACCAGGCGCUCACCACCUGGGGCAUCCUCAUCAAGCUCAACGUGCUGCACUUCAGCCCCGGGUACUUCUUCUCGCAGGCGUACCUCUUCCCCAUCACCGUGUGCCUGGCGCACUCCAACAGCUGCCUCAACCCCAUCUUCUACUGCCUCAUGCGCAGGGAGUUCCGCAAAGCCCUCAAGAAGCUGCUGUGGCGGAUCACUUCGCCCUCCAUCACCACCAUGCGCCCCUUCACAGCCACCACCAAGCCUGAGCAGGAAGAGCAGGUGCUGCACACCCUCACGCGCAUGAGCCCUGCAGCGGCCGCAACUCCACCUCCUUCUGCUGCUGCUGUAGCAGCCACCUUGCCGGACAUUAUCUCCUACCCCCCUGGGGUGGUGGUGUACAGUAGCCGCUCGGACAUCUUGCCCACCAGCACCUCUGCUGAGCUGCACUGUUAAGCCCCAGGGGCUUUGGCAUGGAUGAAGACUGCAACUGCUUCCUGGCGUCUGUGUUGGAGGGCCCCUGUAUCUGCUGCAUCUUGGGGCAAGGGGGCC